AAGUGCAAAAUUCACAAGGCUUUCGCCGCCUUCUAAGAACCUCUUAAUAAAAUAUAUAUACUUUGUCACUUUCUCUUUCUAUAGUUUCAAGGCGAGUACAGUUUUUCUCUUCUUGGAAUUCAAAACACCAAGUGGGAGCUACAGAAAGAUUUGCACCCCUCUUUUGGGAAAGCUAUAAAAAGCAUGUGAAACACCCCCCAGAUGUCGCUGAAUUUCAAGAAAUCUCUCUAUCAUUGCUGCAAAACUCGCUAGCUGUGAAAAUCUUCUGAAGAUUGAGGAUUUCACCCCCAAAUUAAAGUUAGCACUGCCUUUGAGUUUGACUUAGCUUGCUUUUUUUGAAGCGGGCUGUUGAAGCUGUGUGAAGUGGGGUUGAAGUGGACAGCUGUGUGUGAAGAGGGCUAAUGACUGAUUUAUCAAACUUGUAGAAGUUGUGAGUGGAAAACUUUGCAGCCUCUUCAUCAUGCCUCUCUCUGAGUUCUUGAAAAUGCUUAAGAAUGAAUCUGGGGAGCGGAAACCAACGUCGUCUUCUGCUGAUGAUCUAUCUCCUUUACCAGGGAGUGAUUUUUCUGAACUUGUGUGGGAAAAUGGUCAGAUUAGUAUGCAAGGUCAGUCGAGUAAAGCUAAGAAGAGUGACAAUAAUCUUUCGUUGCAAGCGUCUAGGAUGCGGGAGAAGUGCGUAGGGAAUGCCUCGGCCUCUAGGAUUGGGAAGUUAGAUUUAGCGGGUUCUGUUUUGGAUGAAAUGCCUCCAUCAGUGCCCUCUGGCGAGAUGGAUUUGAGCCAGGAUGACGAGAUUGCUCCCUGGCUAAACUAUUCGCCUACUAAUGGUCAGUCACAAGAGUAUGGCUCUCAACUUUUGCCUGAAAUAUCUGGUAUGACUGCAAAUGAUGAUGGUUUCGCGUUGAUUGAUAAGGGGGUUUGUUGUAACCUCAUGGUUGGGGCUUCCAAGAGUGUUCCUAAUCACAAUGUUGUGAACUCGGGACAGAGAAAUGCAUCGAAAGUUGAUUGUUCUCCUACUCCUAGGUUUGGACUGUUAGCCUCGUGGUCUUCUCAGCAAGCUAACCCCCUUGUAUCGGGAGUUUCAGAUAUCGGUAGCAGUAAUGGUAGUAUCAAUCUCGAUUCUAUAUUGAAAGAUUCAGUUCCACCCCAAGCUUCAGCUGGUAUGAAGAUACAAAAUCAAGACACCGAAACCCCUCGAACUUGCCCUACUUUGUUAAACUUUUCUAAUUUCUCCAGACCUGUUGUGCUUGCCAGAGCUAAUCUUCAGAACCUUACUUCGACUUUAGAAGCAAAGGGAAAAAGGGAGAAGGAGAUCAAAGAAAAUACCCAGAAUCCUGCUAAAACCGCGCUUAUUGAAGCAUGUAGCACCUCAAGAAAGGAAAGUGACCUUAAAAGUGAACCCAACUUAAUAAGCACUAAAUUUGAACCAAGACCAACACUGGGAAAGCCUCACGGUGAGUCGUCCCCCCUUGAACAGACCGAUGCUUCAUUCAGAGAAGAUACUAAUGAUGCUGACAAGGCCCAUGGUAAACUUAUUAGUCCCGCUUAUGUGGGAAGAGUUUUGGAUGGUGAUAAAACUGCUGAGCCUGGGGCUUGUUCUUCUGUAUGCUCUGGCAGUAGUGCAGAGAGAGCUUCAAAUGAUCAGUCCCACAGUUUAAAGAGAAGAACUCGAGAAAACGAGGAGUCUGGAUGCCCAAGUGAAGAUGCAGAAGAAGAAUCAGCUGGUGCGAAAAAAGCAGCUCCUGCUAGAGGAGGAACAGGGCUAAAGAGAAGCCGAGCUGCAGAAGUGCACAAUCUAUCAGAAAGGCGACGAAGAGACAGGAUCAAUGAAAAGAUGCGGGCAUUGCAGGAACUUAUACCCAACUGUAAUAAGGCGGAUAAAGCUUCAAUGCUUGAUGAAGCUAUCGAAUAUUUGAAGACACUUCAACUUCAAGUGCAGAUUAUGUCAAUGGGAGCGGGAUUGUGUAUGCCACAAAUGAUGUUCCCCGCAGGAAUGCAUCAUCACAUGCAUGCUCAAAUGCCACAUUUUCCUCAGAUGGGCUUAGGGAUAGGGAUGGGCAUGGGUUUUGGCAUGGGCUUGCCCGAGCUUAGUGGCAGAUCCCCGGGAUGUCCCAUCUAUCCAGUGCCCGCUAUGCCAAGACCACAUUUCCCUUCCCCGUCAAUGUCUGGACCCAUUAACUUUCCAGGAAUGGCUGCAGCGUCUAAUAUUCAGGCUUUCGGACAUCCUUGUCAAGGGGUUUCGAUGUCGGUCCCAAGAACGCCAUUCGUCCCUUUGUCACAGCAGCCUUCUGCAAGUUCAGCCCCGGGCUUGAAUGCCUCAAAGAUGAGAAUGAAUGGAGAAGUCCCAAGCAAGUCGACUAUGUUGCACCCCGAGGAUCCGGAAAAGAUCAAGAACUUGCAGCUGACACAGAAUUCUGAUCCUAUACCUAGUCGGUUAAAAAAUCAGACCAGUCAGGUUCAAACAACAAGAGAUCAACAACCCAAUGCUAGCGAUGACCCAACUGUUAACCCGACAAACUCAACCAACGUGCCAGGCAGCAAAGCAGCAGGUAUGUAACGUCACAAGAGAUGCUGAACGAAAGGAACAGAUCUCGCUUGCUAGAAGCGAGGCACCACGCAUUGUGAAUAGUAUACAAUAUAUAUCCUCUAUAUUCCUCGAUCAGCAUCUAAUUGAAGAUGGCCUUUGCUGUGCUCAGAGAAACGAGAUAGCUUUCAUCAAAAAGGCGAUCUCGCAGAGUGAUAGGUUAGCAUUUUACGACCACCAGUUAGCUAGAUGAUACUUUUAGGAUCGGAUAUCGGAUCGCCCAGAUUUUGACAAAAAUAGUUAAACUUGAUGUACACUUGGGAAUUGGCAUAAAUGAAGUAGUAGUUGCAUAACAUCUAUAUAUACUAUACAUUUUCCUCCCCAGAACUCCUGAUUGUUCAUGCAUAGCAUAUGAGCUAAAUCUUUUAUUAAUAAAAGCAUAGGAUUUGAGCACAA